AUGUCCAGCCUGGAGUGCCGAAAGACCUUCUUGGAGGUGGUUCCAUCCAGUAAUUGGAUGCCUGCAGCCAAGCGGACCCAGAGUUUGCCGGUUGGCGACCUACUUCAGGAGGACGAGGCAGACACCACGGCAGACCGCAUCUUACGUCGUGUGAGUUGUUCAUUUCAGUGGCAGCCAGAUUGGCCUGAAGGAAUUUCCCGUGGCAGCUAUGGGCAUCCUUCCUUAUGCAGGGCACCGUGCGUUUAUGCUUUCUACGGGACCUGCAUGAAGGGUCCAAGGUGCAAUUUUUGCCACCUCGAGCACCGCAGUCCAAAGCGCAAGCUCACAAGACAGGAGAGGCAAGCUUUAUAUCAGAUGCCGGAGUCGCUGGUGCUUUUGACCUUCCAGUCACACCUCGACAAACACGUCACCAAGCUUCAGCUGCAGCAACCCUUGCGCUUGGUGCUGGCAGUUGUGGCACAACGUGUGAAGCUGUUGAGACCUCAGAGGCCAGCAGGCUUUGAGUUCAGGAUGGCCAUUGACCAGAUCUGGAACCUGCGCUCCUUCUCCUUGGGCCGGUUGGUUGAAUGCAUUCUGCAAUGCCCGCAGGUGGAUGCGAGCUUCAAGCAGGUAGUGAAGAGCUUGUUUGACAGCGUGCGGAAGGGGAUGAACAAAUUGGCUGUGAGUCAAAAUGUACAGCCCGAUCCAUACCCCGCAGGUGAUCCAGACCGGACCGAUCCACACGUCUGGAUCACUGCGGGCCGAUCCAUACCCGAAUUUUGA